ACGAACCGGACAUCACAGUGGGUUCGGCCCUGCUUGGCACAGCAGUGGACGUGGAACAGUCAGUGUAUUAAGUUACUUGCUGACAGUCAGUGAUGGAUCCGUAAGUGUGAGAACGCAGACAUCUGUACUAAGACUGCGGCGGAUUGAUGAAGGAAGCUCUCGCUCGACCCUGGACUCAGCCGGUGAAAUAAAUAAGUAACUUUUGGAUUAGCAUUUUGAUCGCUUGUGUUAUAAUUGUGUUCAAAUCAGGGUGCAAAUGUUCACCUUGGAGGAGGACGUCUAGUACAGUUGUCCUGUUCUCAUAGCUUCGCUCGCUCGGUCGUUUUCGCGAUGUCUCCGAUGGGCAUCCGACUGUCGCCGCUCGGCAUAGCCGUGUUCUGCAUACUGGGAGUCGGUGUGAUCUAUCACCUAUACGCGGGAGUUUUGUCCAGCAGAUUCCCCUCGUUCAGACAGAAGACGACCGUGGAUCUGCGAGACCUGCUCGCGCUGUCCAUGGAUGCUGCGGUGCAGGGCGGACGGGAGGUGAAGAGGAUCAGGGAGGACAACACGCUGGAGGAGAAGUCAAAGGGCGAAACUAAAGAAGGUGCCAGUGAAAAGCUCACGCUGGGUGAUCUGAACUCCCACCGAAAGAUGUUCUACCUGAUCAAGAACACCUACCCCAAUAUACAGGUAAACUCAGAAGAACAUGCGAACGCAGAGGGUGAGGCCACUUUGUGGACGCGCGUCAUCCCUGAAGAAAUUCUGGCCAAGAUCCCUGGGGAGAAGGAGGUUCCUGCAGAAAAGAUCACAGUGUGGAUUGAUCCAUUGGACGCCACUCAGGAAUACACAGAAAAUCUCCGGAAGUAUGUCACCACAAUGGUGUGUGUGGCUGUGGAUGGGAGUCCUGUAAUAGGUGUGAUCCACAAACCCUUCACUGGGUACACAGCAUGGGGUUUUGUUGGGGAGGGAUCCAAUGUGGCACCUCGUUCUUCCUACAACACAAACUCUCCUACGGUGAUCGUCUCACGCUCUCACUCGGGCAAGGUGAAGAGCUUCGUUCAGGCUGCCUUUGGAAACAAUACGGAAAUAUUACCAGCAGGGGGCGCAGGAUACAAGGUACUGGCUCUGCUAGACUCCACCGAUAAGGAACAAGAGAUGGCCGAUAUGUACAUCCACGUGACCUACAUCAAAAAGUGGGAUAUCUGUGCAGGCGAUGCCAUCUUGAAGUCUCUUGGUGGUCAAAUGACAACCCUGAAAGGAGAGCAGAUUGAUUACUCGGGGUCAGAAGGAAACAAGGACGGCCUGCUGGCCAGCAUCAAAACUGACCACAAGGAAUUGGUGAAAAGACUCCCUCCUUGGGAAUAGAACAAACAAUAAUAAAUCACCAUGUGGUUCUGUCCUCAACACUCCCAUUUUCUUCAGUUCCAUACUCCAGGAAAUGAGAUCCGAUCCAACACCUGUAGCUCAAUUCAAUUUGUAAAGAUUACCCAAACGAGUUUGAGAAGUGUUACAGGUUUUGUACAAAGGAAGCGUGCCUUUGGCUUGUACGGAUCAUUAGUGUGAAACAUUUAAAGAAAGUUUAUGUGUAAAUUAACUAAAAGUGUGAGACUCUUUUUUUUAAUUAAUCUCCAAGGUGAACCAGUUGCUCUAUUUCUCGUUUGAUUUUUGAGGAUAUAGUUUCUGAACUUACUGGGAAAAAACAGGUUUAAAAUGUUUUUGGGUAAUGAUUUAACUGUGAAUCCAGAGAUAACUUGAAUGUGACAUCCUUGUGCGUAGCGAAUGAUUACAUCGUUCCCCUUGAUGCCGUUUUUCCGGUUUCUCUGUCAGAUAUCAAUUUGUAAAGUUUAUACACUGAUACCUGAAUUGCUGUGUGAUUGGACUACAUAGGUUUAAGCACCAUUUGUAAAUAAAAUAUAGUAUGUUCAGAUUGAAGUCUUUUGUUUCUAAGGAAUGUUGGAAGAAAACUCAGCAGUCAUCAUUCAGAUGUUGAUCUUUCAUAGGGUUUUUUCACUGUGAUUGCCAAUUAAAAAAAAAAAAACAGCAACAUAUUUUUGUAUGAGUAUUCAUACUCUUUCCAUGAUUGUUGAUUUUCUUUUGGAUAGGCAUGUACUGUUUACGUUCUGACAACAACAUUGUGUGCAUGAAAAAAAUCGAAGUCUGCAUGUGCCCUUUUAUUUGAGGCAUGUUAUUUGGCAUCACAUUGAUUGACGUCAUCAUUCUGCCUUUAAUAAAUAAAUGUAUAUGGGUUUUA